AAAACUUGCUCUCAUCUGAAAAGAGGACUUUGGAACACUGGGCAACAGUCCAGUUCUUCUUCUCCUUAGCCCAGUUAGCGGGUAGUUAGAAGAGAGCAUAGUAUUGAAGAGAAAACUCUGCAUUGUCAGAUAAUGGUGAAAAUCAUGGACUGGCUCAACGCAAGCAUCAGCUCAAAAUCUGUAGGUGAUCACAUCUUCACCAACAGUACUAUUGACUCGAGAAAGAUAGUACCUGCUGUAGUUCUGGGUCUGUGCUGUUUUGUGGGUUUGCCGAGCAACAUCGCAGUGAUCAUCAGCAUUGCUCGUGAGUUGAACAGAAAUUUGAGCUUCACCUUAAAGUUAAUGGUAAACCUUGCCGUCUCUGAUGCCUUGACCCUCAGUUUGGCUCCUUUCGGAAUGUAUGGAAUACUCUUUGGGUGGACUCUGGGCAUUUGGUCUUGCAGGAUCCUGUUUUACUUGGGUUAUAACAGCAUGUAUGUCAGUGUUUUUACAGUCACUGCAAUGAGUGUACAUCGCUACAACAAUGUCAUCAAGUCAAAGAUCACUAACAGGAUAAUACUGCAAAGACUGGAAGAGAGCCGCAGGUGGUUAAAGUUGACAGACCUCUGGAUUGUAGCCUUUGCUUUUGCCCUACCAGUGUUAUUCACUAGAGGAAUUAAAGGCAAGAAUGGAUUGCUAAGGUGCCAGAGGGCAAUGGAGACACCACAUGAAGAAGUAACUGUUCUACUCCUUGAGAUCAUGUUGGGGUUUGUCAUCCCACUUUCAGUCAUGCUAGUAUGUUAUCUCUGGUUGCACAAAGGGCUGAGGCAAACAGCUAAGAGUUCAAAGGGUUACAAAAAGAGACUUGUGAUCAGCAUUGUUGUGGCUUUCUUUAUUUUUUGGACUCCUGUGCACGUAAUCAAUGUGUUGGAUAUAAUGACUACCAUCACUGAAAUGUCUAAUUCAUAUUUAUAUAAUCAGCUGAAGUCCUUCCGUAGAGUGUCUGGUGAUACCAGUAAGACGCUGGCUUUGAUAAACUGUUGUUUGAAUCAUUUUCUCUAUGCUAACUCUUCAAGAAAUCUCAUGAAAUGUCAUAAUAGAAAGAAAUGAUUGAGAUGUUCCUUUCACAAUGUCUAAUCUGAGAAUGGUUUCCAUUUAAAUGUAUGCCCUACCAAAAGCUCAUUAGUUUCUUGUCCUCCUUGUGUUGAUAGAUAAAAUAUACUGGUAAUGGCAUUUGACACCUUUUGCUCUCCAUAUAGGGAUACUGUAUUUGCCUUCAUUAAUGUGUAACUUACCAAUAUUCUAAAUAAUAAAUUGUGAUACUGUAAAAUUAACCUACCAAAAACAUUAUUUUAUAAAGUAACAGUAUGUCUUAAGAUUGGUAUUGAUUUUUAACCCUCAGAGACCCAAGCACUGACAUUGAUAAUAUUCUUUUUUCAUCCUUGAAAGUGUUUUUAGAAAGCCACUGAUUAUAUAUAUUGCUUAAAACAAAUGUAGCAAUUCUGUUACACUUGGGUUUAAAAGGUUAAAUAAAGUCAAACUACAGUAUAUACUGUACGGCACUGGUUCUCAACUUUUUUACAUUUUUAGCAUUUUCAGUAAGUUGAAUUAUAAAAAUGAUAAUAAUCUACUUUAAAUAAUUUUAAGAGAUCUUGAGGCCCCCUAGUGGGUCCUGGCCCCCUGGUUGAGAACCAGUGCUGUACAGGGUCCCCACAGUCAUGGAAAACUUGGAAUUAUCAAGGAAUUUUAAAAUGAGGAUUUCCAGGCCUUUAAAAUUCAUUGAAAUUACUUAAACAAUCAAGGAAAUGUCUAUAGUGAAUAUACAGUUUUAUAGUUAUGCUCUCUCUCAAAUAUUUAAUUUGCUAGAAAUUGCUCUCUGUGAGUGCAAUCUUUAGAAUAAAAUAAAUAAUCCUUAUUCAGUCAGUCGUCAUGAAUGACUGGAAAAAAUGUGGGGGAAAAAAUCUAAGAAAUUCAAUGGUCAAAAGGUGUGGGAAACCCUCAUCUUUCAGAUGAGACGUUGAACCGAGGUCCUGACGCUCUGUUGUCAUUAAAAAUCCCAGGGCACUUCUUGUAAAGAGUAGGGGUGUAACCCUGGUGUCCUGGCUAAAUUCCCCCAUUGGCCCUUAUUCAUCAUGGCCUCCUAAUAAUCCCCAUCCAUUAAUUGGCUCUGACACUCCACUCUCUCCACCAACAGGUGGUGUGUAGUGAGCGUACUGGCACACUAUGGCUGCCGUCGCAUCAUCCAGGUGGAUGCCGCACACUGGUGCUGGUUGAGGAGAGUCCCCUGUUCACCGUGUAAAGCACUUUUGAGUGUAGUGUCAUAAAAAGCAUUAUAUAAACAUUAAUUAAUUCAUAUAAUAAAACAUAUUUUUUUAAAAUGUUAAAUGAAAUAGUUUUUCUUAAAAAAAAACAAAAUGUGUAUUUGUAAAUGCAUUUUAUAA